GCCCCAGAGGGAAUGACCAGGUGAUCCAUCAAGUGAUCCAUCUCCUGUUGCCCAUUCCUGGCUUCUGGCAAACAGAGGCUAGGGACACCAUCCCUGCCCAUCCUGGCUAAUAGCCAUUGAUGGAUCUAUCCUCCAUGAAUUUAUCUAGUUCUUUUUUGAACCCUGGUAUAGUCUUGGCCUUCACAACAAACUCUGGCAAAGAGUUCCACAGGUUGACUGUGCAUUGUGUGAAGACAUACUUCCUUUUGUUUGUUUUAAAUCUGCUGCCUAUUAAUUUAAUUUGGUGACCCCUAAGUUUUUGUGUUUGAGGAGUAAAUAACACUUCCUUGUUUACUUUCUCCACAAUAGUCAUGAUUUUAUAGACCUCCAUCAUAUCCCCCCUUAGCCAUCUCUUUUCCAAGCUGAAAUGUCCCAGUCUUAUUAAUCUCUCCUCGUAUGGAAGCUGUUCCAUGUCCCUAAUCAUUUUGGUUGCCCAUCUCUGUACCUUUUCCAAUUCUAAUAUCUCUUUUGAGAUGAGGCAUCCAGAACUGCACACAGUAUUCAAGAUGUGAGUGUGCCAUGGAUUUAUAUAUAAGCAAUAUAUUUUCUGUCUUAUUAUCUAUCCCUUUCUUAAAGAUUCCCAACAUUCUGUUUGCUUUUUUGACUGCUGCUGCACAUUGUGUGGAUGUUUUCAGAGAACUAUCCACAAUGGCACAAAGAUCUCUUUCUUGAGUGGUAACAGCUAAUUUAGACCCCAUCAUUUUGUAUGUAUAGUUGGGAUUAUGUUUUCCAAUGUGCACUACUUCGCAUUUAUCAACAUUUAAUUUCAUUCGCCAUUUUGUUGGUCAGGUCACCCAGUUUUGUGAGAUCUCUUUGUAACUCUUCACAGUCUGCUUUUGAACUUUUCACCAGUCUCCUACAUCGUCUCUUAGUUUGGCUUCAGCCAGCUAUUCUACACUGAGACUGAGCUUCUCCAAGCACCAGGAUAGCUGGGAAACGAUAAUGUUUGUAAAGGAGCUCUAAAGCUGGGUGUUAUCUUCAUAUUGCUAUCAUUGGAGCUUCUGUUGUCUCCUAGACUCAAUUUACUGUUCCUGGGAUUCAGAGGAGUGGGUGAUGUCUAUGAACCACUGUAGACUGGCUAGUCCUAGCAGCAAGAAGUGCUGCUUUGUACAGUUUGGUGCAGGCAUUCAGAUUGGAAAACCAAUUAAUAUUCCAGAAUAAUUCAGGAGGGAGUGAUUUAACAGCUCCUAAAACAGGGACGUAGCAUCUCUUAACCACUUCCACAAUGUAGACAUGUCAAAAAUUUUGUGUGAUUUAUUUACUACAAAUAUCAUGCACAUUUUAAAUAUAUUUAAAAAUGGAAGAGGAACUUUUCUUUCAGAAAGGCCAGUGCCAACUUCCUUCAAACAACCGUUUGUUAUGUUAAGCUCUUGCUCAAGAAAUUGUUUCUUAGCUCUGGCUUUCUUGAUGGUUAUUACAUUGUCUUAAACGUUUUCUUUGGUAAGGGUUCAGAGGUUUGUGGCACAGCACCUUUGGUGUCAAUAGGUAUCUCUGGUUUCAUAGUAGCAGCCGUGUUAGUCUGUAUUUGCAAAAAGAAAGGGAGUACUUGUGGCACCUUAGAGACUAACAAAUUUAUUUGAGCGUAAGCUUUUGUGAGCUACAGCUCACAACUGAAGGCAUCCGAUGAAGUGAGCUGUAGCUCACGAAAGCUUACGCUCAAAUAAAUUUGUUAGUCUCUAAGGUGCCACAAGUCCUCCUUUUCUUUUUGUGAAUAGGUAUCUGUGUUCCCUAGUUCCUUUAGCUUCUGCUGUGAUGCCUACAAGAAAAUAGCUUAGUAGGGCACCUGCCUGUCUAGAUCAGCACUCAGGAGUGAGCUAGCCAUCCUUCCAGAGAGCAGAGGUGAAACUCGCGGGAAGCAGCAGAAUCCUAGAUGAGGGAAGGCCAGGGGACUGGAUUGUGUGUAUGGGGCGGGCAGGCAAAUGCAGCAUGUUUAAUCUAAACACUAAAACCACCCGUCACCUGUCUGCAGGCCGUGUCCCUCGCGGCCUUUGCCUGGGGCAGGCCCGCUGAGGGAAGCGCCAGGGUAGCUCAGGCACCGCCAGCGUCCAGUAAUAAACGACGGCGACGGACGCUUUCACCCCGCCCCGGGCUUGCCCUCGAGACCCCGGCCCCCGCGGCUGGCGAGGCUCGGGCCGGCGCGGGAGGGGCCAGGGAGGGAACAGGCUGUGGCGGGCAGCAGCACCGCCGCCCCCGUUCUUUUCCGUGAAACCCCACCGGAAACACCUCCGGUCCCCGCGGCCAGAGGAAAGGGGGAACACUUUGUGCGCGGGCCGUGCUGGCACUUCCGGUCUGGUCCAAACAGCAGGGAGGGACCGGAAGUGUAGGGGGCACAGUUAUCGCACGGACACUUCCGGGUCAGAUGUCUUUUCCGCUGUGAGCAGGCGGUCGGCGAGGCUGCGGCGGGAGAAAUUGGUGGGGGUGCUGGUGUCGGAAAAGCCGCAGCCAUGACUGUGGGGAAGAGCAGCAAGAUGCUGCAACACAUCGAUUAUCGCAUGAGGUGCAUCCUGCAGGAUGGACGUGUCUUCAUCGGCACUUUCAAGGCCUUCGACAAGCACAUGAACUUGAUCCUGUGUGAUUGCGAUGAGUUCCGCAAGAUCAAACCCAAGAAUUCAAAGCAGCCGGAGCGGGAAGAGAAACGGGUCCUGGGUCUGGUAUUGCUGCGAGGAGAGAACCUGGUGUCUAUGACAGUUGAGGGGCCACCUCCAAAAGAUACUGGCAUUGCCCGGGUGCCUCUAGCUGGAGCUGCAGGAGGACCUGGAGUUGGGAGGGCAGCUGGACGAGGAGUGCCAGCUGGUGCUCCCAUGCCACAGGCGCCAGCAGGGUUAGCUGGUCCUGUCAGAGGAGUGGGAGGACCAUCCCAACAGGUGAUGACGCCUCAGGGCCGUGGAACAGUUGCUGCUGCUGCUGCUGCAGCCACAGCUAGUAUAGCCGGAGCUCCUACCCAAUACACACCAGGCCGUGGUGGUCCUCCCCCUCCAAUGGGGAGAGGAGCACCUCCUCCAGGAAUGAUGGGACCACCUCCUGGCAUGAGACCACCCAUGGGUCCACCCAUGGGAAUGCCACCUGGCCGAGGUGCACCCAUGGGAAUGCCUCCCCCAGGGAUGAGACCGCCUCCCCCAGGGAUGAGAGGUCCCCCUCCCCCUGGUAUGCGCCCACCACGACCUUAAGAUGUUCUGUGCUGUUACUGUGGAUUGUGUGGGAGCUAGAGUUAAGUGAAUGGGCUCUGUUUUGCCCCCUGAACGGCCUAGGAUUCAUUAUGUAUAUUUUUUUUCUAUUUACUGGCUGUAAAAUUUGCCCUUUUUAAUAAAGUUAGAAAACUCUC